AGGAGCUGGAGAUAUGGCCGUGACCGCGUGGAAUGCCUGGAAUGUAGCCCGUCACGCUGCACCGGCGCAAAGCCACGUCGCGAUCCAUCGCCUUUUCGGUCCUCUUUCGAAUGUGUCUCUCAUCUUUUUGCCAAAAAGACCACCAGCGCAGACAGAGAAUCAAGAUCUGAAUCCAAAUGUGGUGAAGAGGGUCAGUGCCUGCUCGAGUCAACGUCCAGGACAGGAUAGAGCGGAGAGGAAGAAAGAAGAGUCGCCAGUGAUGAUUUCAUCGCGUUUAAAUUCCACCUCGUGGCGGGAAUCUCAGGGCCGUAUUUUCGAUUGUCGGUCAGAGGGAUCGAAAUCGAAGAACCCAAGUUCCGUCCACAACGGCAAUAAAUUCUCCCAUAUGACAUGCUACGACAUCUUUUGGUCUAUUGCGAGCAAAUAAGCUUUUCAUUGUCGGAAUGCUUUCUUCUUCACAUUUCUGUGAAGCAUGACAUUGAUGAAAGGGAUGCGUGCGUGUUUCUUUCCUCGAUAAAUUCUCGAUAAAUCUCCGGAUUUUCUCACACUGUAGAACAUGUAUAAUAAAUCGCCCUACGCCAUUGACAUCUACUAUUUAGCAUAUUGCACGUUUGAUAAGAAUAAUAGAAUUGAUGAAAAAAAAUUAAUAUCUAACAUAUGCGAAUCUUUCUAUGUAAGAAAUCAUAAACGCAACGACUAUGCGAAGUGGUGUUGCAAAAGAUCUAUUUGCACUUUUCUAACUAGGUGAUGGAUAUGUGAGAAUAGGAACGUAUUUCCAAGAGACAAGAGCAAUUUAUAAUACACAU